AUCUGCGUGUGCGUGUGUAUGCGUGUGUCAAGUCCGUCGUCGUCCAUUGUGUCAAAAGUUGUCCGAGUUUUUGCGUAGAAAUUUCAUUUUCCGACGCAAGAAUGUAAUUUGGCGUGCUAAUUCUAUUUCUUAGUUGCCUUUAACGUGGGAUUGAAGAAAAAACGAGAUCCGGCGUACGCAGCACGUAAAAGUACCGUGGGAACAGUGUGCGAAUUAAGGUGGCCGCUGAGAGUUGGUCUUCCGGACUGGCGAUACGAAUGGUGGCCGCUGUGACGUUAGGAGAGCUGGAGAACGUCCACGGGGACGCAACGCGGCCACGGUUGAAGAAGCAACGAUACAAUGAGCGAGAGUCAAGCCAGUGAGCACCUCCGGAACCGACAGUGGCAACAGGCGAAAGAUAUCUACGAUCAACUUCUGAGCGAGUCUUCGCCGGGCAGCUUCAAGCUUCCGAAGGAGCGUACGAUCGCAUGUCUGUACGGGCGCACCGAGUGCUGUCUGGAGUUGAAGGAGUACGAGUCCGUUGCCCACGAUUGUCACUGUUUGCUGAAGCUUUUAGCGAACAACAAUGAAAACCGUGCUUCGGGUUCUACGAGUCCCGUUCCGUCUUCAGCGUCAUCUACAUCUUCGACCAGCAGUUCCUCAACGGCCAAUCAACAAAAUCCGACGGCCACGACCGAGUCUAAGGUCCGCAAGCGUCUCAUCCAUUCGCUUUACAAACAGCAAAAGUAUGCCGAAGCGGAAGUAAUUCUGCAGGAGUGGGCCGCCAACCAUAACUACCAUCAGGACAUCAAUCGCUACUUGGAGCGCUUAAAAUCCGUGCUACAAAUGGCAUCGGCCAACUCGUCACCUACGCCCGCUCUCGACGGAUCUGCUUCGGCAGCACCUCCCGCUGCCACGACAGAUUCUGACACGUCGUCGUUGUCGCAGGGACCGUCGACGACGCCCACUUCGACCAUCUCUUCACUGUCUUCGCUCAACGAAGAGUACGAACAGAUCGAGACGAAGCUGGAAAAUCUCAUCAUCAACAAUCUGCCGCCCGAUCGGUACACCAAGCAGCUGAAUCAGUUGAACAACAACGGCAGCAGCGAUUCGUCGAGUCCUACGCGGGAGAACAACAAGUCGAGCAGCGAACGGGAAGCGGAUGCCGGUGAAACCACGGUUAGCAAUGGCAAUGCGGAAACCGACGUCGCUUCGACAACGGCCGCGGACACGAACGAACAGGAAGCUGUGAAGCCGGAAGAAGGUGAAACGAGCGAAUCCGCGGCUCCAGCGACGAGCAGCGCCAAUAGCAGCAGUUCCUCGGUCAACAACUUCCAGAAGCAGCUGGAUAAGAUCAGCAACAUUAGCUGCGUUUAUUGUACGAUGAACUUUAGCGACCGGUCCGAGUUGCGAGCCCAUUGCCAGACGCAGAGCCACCAGAACAUUAUCAUGUCGGACGAAGGUCGUGACUGGAUGUGGCGUCCGCCGCCGCGUGGCUUCAUCGCCGAGUCGUACAGCCUGUGCGAGAACUUCGUGGACAACCAGAGCUGCCACUACGGCAAUCAGUGCGUCGAAGCGCAUGGUAUCGACGAGCUGAACGAGUGGAAGGAACGGUUCGAGUACCGGAAGAAGAAGCUGCAGCGCGCCCGGGACAAGGAACUGUACGGCAAAAGCUACACCGAGCAGCUGCUGGAACGCUGGGUGUUGGCACCAAGCCCGGACAAGGUGAUGAAGGAGAAGGUGGAGGGCGUUGAGGAGUCGUGCUCGCAAGAUCUCGUCACGACGGUCAGCUCCAAGGUGAGCAAACGCGAGUGGACAUUUGUACUGAAAACGAGGAGACUGUUGAAGGCGGUAGCAUUGCUGCAGGACGCGCAUCGCAAUCAUUUUCUUAUCAAGCAAAUCUAUCCGGGCGAGCCGAGAAGUGGUCGUCCCGCGGGCAACAAAGUGGUGGAAGCCGAGUUGACGUCCGACCAGGAGUGGGUCGCACCGAUGGACGCACCAAAGGUUGAAGCGAUUGAACCGAGCAGUCCCAUGCUGGAGCACCGGGUCAAGGUGGUGUUCAACACGGAUAUUUACGGUACGUUCCGCCAGGCGGUGGUCUUCGACUUUGGCAGUGAACCGGUGCUGGUGAAGCACAUCUGCGUCGACGUGGUCCCCGUUACGGAGGUCGACAAGAUUCAGGAGAUUCGCAAGGACAUUGUGAUGUCAACGUCGGAACGGUGGGACGAAACCAACUCGGAGAUAAUCGAAUUCACCACCACCAUAAUUCCGCACAUGCAAACUCCGGCUUAUGCCGCGGACGCCGAGCGCGAAAAGGAACUACUUGCGAGAUAUCCACUGCCGAAGGCAUCGUCCUUUGUGCUGACGCAAUCCACGAUCACGGAGAAGAAGCUGACGAAGAACAACUACCGAAAUCGGAUCCACGAGCUGCUGUACGUGGAGGAGAUUGCCCGUUACGAGCAAAUUGCCCGCUACAACUUGACCACCCGAUUGACGAUCGCGACCAACUAUCUGUUGACGCCCAGCGGAAUGGCCACCAGCACGGCCAAGUAUUCUCACUCUGGUGAGCUGUUUGCGCUGAUGAAGCUCGGCAAGGACGUCUCCGAGGACACUUCGGCCGGUCGGCUCAUCCUGAACAACUGUCAAGCCGUGCUGAUUGCUUCGAAAGACCCGGCUCCAACGGGUGAAAAGCGCAAGGUGUACGAAGCCGUGAUCGAGGACAAAGGGAAGAACAUGAUCUACCUGAAGAUUUCGGCAAAAGCCGUGGCCGGGCUCGGACUGAAGGCGGAAACCGAGUUCAUCUCGGACAUCCAGUUUCAACCGAACCGACUGACGUACUGCGAGUGGCACCACGCGAUCGACAAAAUCGCCGACUUCCGGAUCAUCUUCCCGGACAUCUAUCUGGAACCGAGCAUCCCGUGGACUCCGCAGCGCCAAUGGGACGCGUCACUCGAUCCGAAGCUCAACUCGAAGCAAAAGGAGGCCGUCGUCGCCAUCACGACGCCCAUUACGGUCGCGCUGCCUCCGAUCCUGCUGAUUGGGCCCUUUGGCACCGGCAAGACGUACACGCUGGCGCAGGCCAUCAAACAGCUGCUGCUGCAGCCGGAGUCGAAGAUUCUCAUCUGCACCCACUCGAAUUCGGCCGCCGAUUUGUACAUCAAGGACUACCUGCACCCGUGGGUCGAGGAGGGCAUGGAGGAGGCCAAACCGUUGCGCGUGUACUACCACAAGCGAUGGGUCGCCACCGUCAACAGCAUCGUCCAGAAGUACUGUCUGAUCGAUCUGAAUAUCAACGUGCGCAACUUCCGGCGGCCGACCGUGGAGGACAUCCUCAAGUACCGCAUCGUGGUGGUGACGCUGAACAUUUCGAUGGAGCUCGCUUCGCUCGAUCUGCCCAAGGGUCACUUUACGCACAUUUUUCUGGACGAAGCGGCCCAGGCCAUGGAGUGCGAGGCGAUCAUGCCGUUGGCGCUGGCAACGGAGAAAACGCGCAUCGUGCUGGCCGGUGACCACAUGCAAAUGUCCCCGGAGCUGUUUUCCAACUUUGCCAAGGAGCGCAAGUUGCACAUUUCGCUGCUGGAGCGGCUGUACGAUCACUACCCGAACGAUUUCCCGUGCAAGAUCUUGCUGUGCGAAAACUACCGAGCGCACGAGGCGAUCAUCAAGUUUACGUCGGAGCUGUUCUACGAGCAGAAGCUGAUCGCGUCCGGCAAGCAGCCGAGGCAUGAAAAGUUCUACCCGUUGACGUUCUUUACGACGCGCGGCGAGGACGUGCAGGACAAGAACUCGACGGCGUUCUACAACAACUCGGAGGUGUACGAGGUGGUGGAGCGGGUGUGUGAGCUGCGCAAGAAGUGGCCCAGUUCGUGGGGGAAGAUUAACGACCAGAGCAUUGGAAUCAUGACGCCGUACGCGGAUCAGGUGUUUCGGAUUCGGUCCGAGCUGAGGAAGCGUCGCAUGGGUGGUAUCAGCGUGGAGCGAGUGCUGAACGUGCAGGGUAAGCAGUUCCGGGCGAUCUUUUUGUCCACGGUGAGAACGAGACGCACCUGCAACACGAACGCCAACGAGAACAGCAGCAGCAGCUCUUCGGAGGACGUGGACUAUGGCUUUCUCAGCAAUUCCAAGCUGCUCAACACGGCCAUCACUCGUGCCCAGAGUCUGGUCGCCGUUGUUGGAGAUCCGGUUGCGCUGUGUUCGAUUGGACGGUGUCGAAAGGUGUGGGAACGGUUCAUCGAGAUCUGCUACCAGAACAAGAGUCUCUUUGGCAUCACUUGGUCCUUGCUGAGAUCGCAACUGGACGGUGUUGAGUUGAAGAAGACGUACGUGCUUAACCCACUGGCGCCGGAAUUUAUUCCUCGUGCCCUGCAAGCCGAGGCGUACCUGCGGGAACAGGCUGCAAACGUGACCGGGCAAUAUCUCCAGCAGCCACCGCACCAGGCCGGACCACAUUCGACCGGAUUCCAUCAUCAAUCGAACGCGAACUAUUCCGGCGGAGGACAUCCGUCACUCCCGGCGGCAGGACUCAUGCGACAAAUCGUGCCCCAGCAACCGAUGCCGACGCCGCAAGCUCCCUUCAUGGGACACGGACCCGGUCCCGGUGGUGGUCACGGUGGUCAUCCGCCGAUUCCGCCCCAAACGCAACAACAGUUCCCGCCCUACCAGAGUCCGAUGUUCUUUGCGGCGCAGCAACCGCCGAUGCGGGGUCCACCGCCACCGCAUCCGAACGCCCUCGGGCCGCCGGUUCCUCCGAACAUCGCAGCCCAGGCUGGCCCCGCCAAUUUCCCCCAGAACAACCCGGCGAACCUGUGGAACCCUGCAGGGAGUGGCCACUUUCCCAACAGAACCCGCCAGCAGAUUCGUCCCCAGAUGGCACAGCACCUGACGGCCAGCGGCCGACCGUUGAUUCCCCCACCGAUGAGGAGUCCGGUCCAGCAGCAGCAGCAGCAACAACAACAGCAACAACAACAGCAGCUGUCUGCGCCGCAAAUGCCUUAUCUCCAGCAGCCGAAGCCAGCCCUUCCGAACUACGGCCCAUUCCCGCCCCACCACCAGCCCCAACAUCCGCCCCAUCAGCUGCACCAGAACCACAUUCGCCCGGUGAUGGGAGGGGGUGGUGGCGGUGGCGGCGGAGGCGGUCCCAUCAGCCCAAGUUCGUACCAACAGCAACAGCAACAGCAGCAAGAUCAGCAACACUACCUGUCCGGACUGUCUACCGACUUGAUGGCAUCGAUUACGGCCCGUGCCGCUUCGCAAAUGCAAAUGCCCCCACAGCAGCAGCAGCAGCAGGUUGUGGCGGCGGUGCACCAACAGCAAUCGCUGCUUCAUCAACAGCAGAGCCAGCAAAAGUUUGGGGCGCUUCGGAUGGACGAUGGACGGCAGCAGCAGCAGCAGCACGGUGGGCUCGUCGACAAGGACAUUCAGUUUCUGCAGAAUGUGCACUUUCCGGAAAAGUACAGCCAGGUCACGCCGCCGCAGCAUGUGCACCAUUCCAACCCGGCCGCCGUUACGGACUUUAACCACUUGCUGCCGCCCAACAUGAGCUUUCUGGACGUGUCGCUGCAGACGAAGGAGUUCCAGUAUCUGUGGUUCAUCAAGCUCGUCGAGACGCAGGGGUUGGAGGCGGCAAACAAGUUUACGGACAUUUUGCGCCAGGUUCCGACGCUGGCGUCAACGCAGCAUCCGCAUCAACAGCAGCAGCCGCAGCCGCCGCAACAUCACCAUCAACAGGUUCACCCGCAGCAGCAGCAGCAGCAGCAACAGUUGCAGAAGAAGAUGAACCCGGUGCUGCCGUCGCACACCGACAUGAUCUUGGACAACUUUUUGAACCCCAGCAAGGACGUGUUGGGCUCGGUCAGUUUGCAGCCACCGGCGGCCUUGCUGCAUCAUCAACAGCAGCAGCAGCAACAUCAGCAGAUGGCGGUGGCCUCCAGUGGAAUCAGCAACGGAAAUGCCCUGCUCGGAGGAGGAAUGCCAGGGAAGAGCUUGCUGGAGAAUGUGGAACUGUUUGGCCCGGCCAGCGAGUUGCAGUCGUUUGGUGGCUCGAGUGCACCGUUGGUCGCCGCGCCUCAGCAGCAGCAGCAGUCGGUUCCGCUGUACCGUCGCCAGGCUGGCCAGAACUAUCAGAGCAGCAGCAGCGGUACGCUCCCGUCGGCGUCCAACUCGUCCCAAUCGAUUGCCUCGUCAACGCCGGACCUGCUGGACAACCAUCUGCAGCAGUCGCUGUUUGAAACGCUCGAUGGACCGGGCAAGCUUCACCACAGCAACGCCAUGCUGUUUGGUGGUCAGUUUGGUGGCGGCGGCUCCACAACCGACCAGUCCAACAACCUGCAGGGCUUCACCUCGAUCCACAACAUUGCGGCCGGGCUGAUGCAGCAGCAACACAAUCUCAACAACCGCGAAUUCCUUCACCAGCUCCAACAGCAACAGCAACAACAGCAGCAGCAGCAACAUUUGCAUGACGGUCGCGGCGGUUCGUCCGUGGAGGAACUGCUCAACCGGCAGGCCGCCAACCAGACGUACGCGAGCGUGCUCAGCCAGGGCGGUGGCAAGCAAAAGGACGGAAGUGGCGGUGGCGGCCUCGGUGGGCUCGGCGACGGCAGCGGCGCGGGCUCGUCCGCCCUGGGUGAUCCGUUUGCGGCUCUGCGCGAUCUGGGCCGGAAAAGCAACGGCUAUUACAACUACUUUCAGUAAGUGGGCGGAGGAGGAGGAAGAAGGUAGGUGACUUUCUCUAGUGAUAAGAAAUGUGUGUUUUAGAAGACGAAUCCGUCGGAUGCGCGGAUUAAAUGUGCAUCAAAAGGAGGGGGAGUGACGACGAUGGCAAGUAAUUAUAUAAAAUUGGUGGGAAACGGGGUGUGUAACACUUAAUCAUGGCACGCAAGGGAAGGAGAGAGGGAAUCGGCAGAGAUGAGUAGACUGCAGCAGCAACUGUGAGUGUGAGUGUGUGAUGAAAUUUUGAUGAUUUUUUUUUUAGAAGCCUUCGUGUUAGGCUUUUUAGUUCUUAUCAAAUAAAUUCUGUAUUAUUUUGCAUACAAAUUAGCGAGAAAGGAAAAAAAAAACAAAAACUAUUACAAUUCUAAAUUAAAUCUUAGUUGAUUCGCACGUCCCCUUAAUUUUCUCGAAACUCAAAAAAAAAAAAAAAAACGGUUACCUCUCUCGUUUGUGAUGAUUCCCUCUUUUUACACAGAGCAGAGUUAAAAUUUCUAACCGGAAAAUGAAUGUGAUUCAUUGCGGAAGCGAACGAUAGCAGAGGGAACGUGAUGCAACAGAAGAAGUAAGCAAGUUUGCAGUUGACAACUAGAAAAAAAAAUUAAAAAAGCAAAAAAAAA